AUCGGCUUGGCCUGUCCUGGCCUGGCCUGGCCCUCGCCACUGGUGCAGGGGCCUCAGGUGCAUUUCAGCUUCUGGGCUUCCUGAGGACAGAAAGGCCAUCCUGCUGGCUUGUUGAGAACAGACAGGUGUCGAGGUGGUGCUGAGUGUGUCUGAAAGGGGCCGGGCUGCUGUGGACGUUGGAAAUGCAAAGUACAGCCAAUUACCUUUGGCACAUGGACGAUCUCCUGGGCCAGGGGGCCACUGCCAGCGUGUACAGAGCUCGAAACAAGAAAUCUGGGGAGCUCGUUGCUGUGAAAGUCUUCAACAACGCCAGCUACCUGCGCCCCCGAGAAGUACGUGUGAGGGAGUUUGAGGUCCUGCGGAAGCUGAAGCAUCAAAACAUCGUCAAGCUGUUCGCUGUGGAGGAGAUGGGCAGCGAUAAGGACAAAGUGCUGGUGAUGGAAUACUGUUCCAGUGGUAGCCUGCUCAGUGUGCUGGAGAACCCUGAGAAUGCCUUCGGACUAGCAGAGGCUGAGUUUCUGGUGGUCCUGCGCUGUGUGGUGGCUGGCAUGAACCACCUCCGAGAGAAUGGCAUCGUCCACAGGGACAUCAAGCCUGGGAACAUCAUGAGGCUUUUGGGAGAGGACGGACAAAGCAUCUAUAAGCUGACAGAUUUUGGGGCUGCCAGGGAGCUGGAAGAUGACGAAAAGUUUGUUUCUGUCUACGGGACAGAAGAAUACCUGCACCCAGAUGUCUAUGAGCGGGCAGUGCUCCGGAAGCCUCAGCAGAAGGCAUUUGGGGUGACAGUAGAUCUGUGGAGCAUUGGGGUGACCCUGUACCACGCAGCCACGGGCAGCCUCCCCUUUGUCCCCUUUGGUGGGCCUCGACGCAACAAGGAGAUCAUGUUCAGGAUCACCACAGAGAAACCAACUGGAGCCAUUGCAGGCACCCAGAAACGAGAAAAUGGGCCCCUGGAGUGGAGCUACAAGCUGCCUAUCACCUGCAGGCUGUCCCUGGGGCUGCAGGCCCAGCUGGUGCCCAUCCUGGCCAAUAUCCUGGAGGUGGAUCAAGAGAAGUGUUGGGGGUUUGACCAGUUUUUUGCUGAGACCAGCGACAUCCUUCAGCGGAUUGUGGUCCAUGUGUUUUCUCUGUCUCGGGCUGUCCUACACCAUGUCUACAUUCAUGCCCACAACACAAUAGGCAUCUUCCUGGAGGCUGUGUAUAAACAGACCAGCGUGGAGCCCAGCCACCAGGAAUACCUCUUUCAAGGCCACUCUUGCAUCCUGGAGCCCAGCCUCCCCGCCCAACACCUGGCCCAUACGACUGAGGACAGCCCUCUGACCCUGUUCAGUGAAGAGAGUGACAACCCCCCUGGGCUGGCCUUCAGAGACCCAUCCCUGGAUGUUCCCAAGUUUGUGCCCAAGGUGGACCUGCAGGCUGAUUACAACACAGCCAAAGGUGUGCUGAGCGUGGGGCACCAAGUGCUGAGGAUCUCCCGGGCACUGCUGGACGGUCAGGAAAUGAUGCUUCGGGGGCUGCAUUGGGUGGUGGAAGAGCUCAAGGCCACAUGUGGACGGAUCCUGGAGACCACCCAGACAUCCCUCUUGUUCCUGAGCCCCAGUCUGGGCACUGAAGGGUUCACCUCCAUGACUGGGGAGUCAGAGGUGCCGGAGCUGAAGGAAGCUGCAGAACUGAGGUCCAAACUACAGACUAUUCAUGAGAUCCUUUCCAGAUGUUCCCAAAAUAUUGUGGAGACCCAAACUAGUCUAAGCAGCCUGUCCUCUGAGCUGGUGAAGAACUGGGAUCAGGUACAUGAAGACAGAAGCACCCAUCGGAUUCAAUGCUGUCUAGACAAGAUGAACAUCAUCUACAAGCAAUUCAAGAAAGCCAGGAUGAGGCCAGGGUUGGGCUACAAUGAGGAGCAGAUCCACAAGCUGGAUAAGGUGAACUUUGGACACUUAGCUAAAAGACUCCUGCUGGUUUUUCAGGAGGACUGUGUACAGAAGUAUCAGGCAGCUCUCCUCACACACGGCAAGAGGAUGAGGAUGGUGUAUGAGACAAGAAAACAUCUCCAGCUGGUCAGCAGCUCAGUAACCGCUUGUAAGACGGAAGCCCAGGAAGUCCAGGGGCAGCUCAGUAAGGCCCUGGACCGAUUAUCUCGCCGGCUUUGGCAGGGCAGAAUGAAAGCAACUCAGAGUUCUCCCCCGCCUUUUGAUGCUUAUUCCAGACCCCUGCCAAAGGACCUGGUUCUCCACAUUCAAGAGCUCCGAGAGGAAAUGAAGUUACUGGCCUUUGAUCUCCAGCACAAUAAUCGAAUCAUUGAGAGGUUAAGUGGAGCCGCACCUGCCCCUGGGUCUUUGAGAGCUGAGAGUGAUGCGGUGGGAUCUCGAACCUCAAGGGGCCUUGGGCUCAUCCACACUGUAGGGAACUGAUCAUAGGGCAAGGUCCAGCCCUGUCUUUUACCUCAUCCUACUUCCCCCAGGCCAGCAGGCACCAGCAUUACCUCUCUCUAGUCUUGCCCGUGGGUUUCAGUUACCCUAUGAACCUACAGCACCCAGGGGUCCAUCUCUUCAUGGAGCUGUGAGACACGCUGGAUUUCCAUGUACCAAGAGUGUCCUGCUUAAGACUGACCUCUGUGUGUUAUCAAGGUUUGGUCCUUGUGUAGCUCUGACUUGUGCCCUUCAGCCCCCACCAGGGACUGGGAAGCUGGGGAGAGAAGGUUGAGACAGACUCUCCCUACCCCUUCAGGUUCAGAGGUUUGCCAUCCAGGGAAGAAGGGAAGAAACCUCAAAAGGUUUUCUGUGGAUGCUGAGCUAAGCUGCUGUAUUCCUUACCCUGAAAGUAUCUGAUGAUACACAAUAUGUCACUCUCCUCUGUCCUCUUCUUGAGCCCAUUGAGUUCUGGUGAAAAGAAAGACCCAAGCCUCCUGGCUUUUCUGGCCUAAUUCCAGAUCAGUAGAGUCAGGCUGUAGGGGAAAACAUAACUAUCCCUAUAGAAUGAGGACUGAAUCCCUGGGCUUCCCACACACUUCUCUCUGGGAGGCUUUGCCCUGGAAAACACAGCUAGCCAAUUCAUACUGUCAAGAUAGCCUUGCCAGCUAGCAUGGACCCACAUGCCCUAAGCAUGAAGGUGAUGGAGAAGUGAACCUGAAAGACCUCAAGAAAAGGACUUCAAUCCCACUGAAUAAAUGUGGCUUCACCUUUC